UUCAACCUGUAGAAGAUUUUCAACCUGUAGAUCUUCAACCUGUAGAAGAUUUUCAACAUGAUAUCGAUACUUUUCACAAAGCAACCAUACAUGCUCCGUUAAUUCAUUUAACCCAAAUCAAAAAUUGUGAUGUGAUGUAUGCGAAAUUUGGUAAAAUCCGAGUGGACGGUUUGGACAGCGACUUUAUGCACGAUCUAUACGGGGCAUAUUGCGACCACCUGAAUGGGAAACCCAAACACCGCAUAUUACAAGGAAAAGCUAAAAUGUGCGUGACAUUUGGCACAAUAAUAACCAUUUACGAGGUUGGUCCAGCCGAUGUGAUGAAGUUCUAUAUUUCUUUCCUGAAGGAAAGUAGUAAAAUCGAGGCCGUCCAGGAGCCCGAGUACAUGGCUGAGCCGAAGGCCGUCCAGGAGCCCGAGUACAUGGCUGAGCCGAAGGCCGUCCUGAUGCCUGAUGCUGCUGAGCCGGAGAUCGACGACAUCGCCGUCGUGGAUGCUGCUGAGCAGGAGAUCGACGACAUGGCCGUCCAGGAUGCUGCUGAGCUGGAGAUCGACGACAUGGUCGUCCAGGAUGCUGCUGAGCUGGAGAUCGACGACAUGGUCGUCCAGGAUGCUGCUGAGCUGGAGAUCGACGAGCAGCAGGAGACGGACGAGGAAUCGCUCACCCAUGUGGAUAAGAAAGAUCGAGAAGCUGCCAGGUCCUGCUAAUCCUACUCCUGCCAAGAGUACCAUUGCAAUUGUGGAAAGUACUCCAGUAAUGCCGUCCCACAAUAAACAUCCGAACGGUGUACAGUGCAAAUUAUGUAACAAAGUGAUCAUAAAGGCAAGCAAUUUAGGCUUCCAUAUUUUGACGCAACACUACACCGCGCUUAGAGCAAUGGUAGCGCAGGGCUCGGAAACUUUGAUUCGGAUAAAUGAAGCCUUCGAUAUCAAUAAAGUCAAACGAUGGUGCCGAUGGAAUACAUGCGGCCUAUCAUGAUGUGCUGCAGCCAAUUUAAGAGGGUUGGACGUAAAUUGUGGGCCCGCAAGACUGCAGAGGAAAUGCUGCUGGAAGAGAAGAAUAAAAUAAACCUGACUUAAAUAUAUAUAU